AUGCAAAACACAAAUAACUUUCAUGUUCUAAAAGAAUCUUUAAACGCUUUAUGCAAAAUUGUUGGUUUAUUUAACCAAACAAAAAAAGAGACAGAAGAAGCUAAUACAAGAAAGUUUAAUGAGCAUGUAACUAUAGUUAACCAAUGCAUCCAACAGGUGUUUCAAUGUUAUGGAGAUAUACCAGAUACACAAUCACCAAAUGAAAUGUCUAACACUUUAGACUACAUUAGCCUAUUUUUAUUGACUUGUGUAACAACAUUAAUCGGUGAAAGUACCAAGUUUUUGAAGAAUGUAGAAAAUCUAUUCAAAGAGGGUCAAUCUGAUGAGGAAAUUGUACAAAAAAUGCAAGAACUUUACCAAAAAACACAAGGCAUUAUGCUUAUUAAUGGUGUUGGUCCUAGUAUCACUUCAAUUUAUAACAAUAUCAUGACUGCUAAAGGAGAUGAGUUAAGAAGUGAAUGUCAAAAACUAUUAACACUGCUAACUGAGUUAGACAAAAGUAACAUCACUACAGUAACCUUACAAUUUGGAGAAGAUAUCAUUGACCUUCCACUACAAAUUUUGGAGACUAAACAGACUGAAAAAAGUCUCAACAACGCCGACCAGAAAAUGGUUCAAAGAGAUGAAGGGUCAGCUCAAAUGAAUUAUGGUGAAAGUCAAAAACAAAGAACAUUAUUAGAAAUUAGAGAAGAGUAUCAAAAAAUUAAGUCAAAAAAUAGUCAAAUGAAAAAAGAUUUGGAAAAAAUUAAACAAAGUAAUAAGAAAAUCGUUCAAGAUAUUAAUGAAAGACUUUUAAUAAUGAAAGAAAUGCAAAAGAAAGAAAAUGAUAUUCAACAAAUAAUAACACAGUUGAAAAUGAAAUCUCUAAAGGAUGAAAAGACUAUUGAUGAAUUAAGAAAAGAAAAUCAAAGACUUAAAAGUUAUAUUGAACAAAUGCCAAUGAACCAAAUGAGCCAAGAAACUUUCACUCAUGAACUAAAACAAGAAACUAUCAACAAAAAAGAGAAUAGAGUUGAUGAAGAUAUACCAAUUGAACCACAAAUUGUAACUGUUGACAUUCCAAUCUAUCAUUAUUUCACUGGGUGUCAAGAAGAAAUAGAAAUAAAUAAACAAAUUUUUACUAUUCCAAUUAGUGUUGGACUAUCAGAUGGUGCUGAAUUUAAUUACAAAGGAUAUGGAACACCAAUCAAUGGAAGAAAAAGGGACUUAAUUAUUGUUACUAAAACACAACAGACAGAGUCUUUUCGAAGACAAGAAAAUAACCUCUUCCAAACUGUUGUUAUUCCUCAGUCUUAUAGAAACAAAACAUUCCAAUGUUCUAUUCCAUGUAUUGAUGGAAAUAAUAUUCCUGUUAUAAUAACAGGACAAGAAGGUAUACAAGGACCAUAUGAAAGAUAUGGAAUGCCAAUUGGAACAACUGGAAAAAGAGGUGAUUUAUACCUCAUUAUCAAAUUAAAUUAA